UGACAUGAUUGUGUGAUGUGAUUGAAUUUAUAAACAAAGCCCGUGCUGCGGCUGCCGUGUAUUUUGUUUUGUAUUGUAAUACGAAUUAUGUUUUGUGAUUGUGGUUUUUACAUACAAAUAUGAGGACUAAAAUUAAAAUUACUUAAUAUGUCAAUAUGUCAUUCUUCUAUUUAUCUCCGGUGAAAGGUAAUUUGCCGGUGCACUUAUUGGAGGAAAUCACUACAAGUCGUUUCCAGUACUUGCAAGAUCUUGUUGAAGGAAAUAAUAUUGCAUACAAUCAAUUCAUUGUAGAAGGAAGCAUUUACGACAAUGUUGGACACUUCAUGCUGUGUGUCGCCGCUAUUUUAAAUAAAAAUGUAGCCCUUACCAAAUUUAUAUUAAAGGGCGAGGUAGAAUUAUUCAAACGAAGAGUGGGCUCACUAACUGCUUAUGAUAUGCGUUGUUUUUCCAAGAAAUUGUUGAGGAAUAUCAAAAAGUAUGACAAAAUUCCUUCUUUUAUAGUCCCUCUACAAUCUUUAUGCCAACAUUUAAUGCUAAAGGAUGUGGCACAACACUUUUGUGCAUCUGCCCAUAUGAAGGAGUGCUCACAACAUCACAUCAAGAUACAUUUCAGGCACUGUUUGCCUUUCAUUGCUAAAAGACAAGUGGAAGUACAACAAGGUAUUGCUUUAUUGCCUUGUGGAAAAUGGAAACAAUAUUUAGUAUUAUUAUUCACAAUGAAUAUAAAAUCUAGACUUGGUAAUACAGAUUUAACGCCACUCAGAAGUGAUCCUCGGAUCAAUGAAUUGUUAUUUAGAAUUAGAAAAGAAACAUCAAUUUUACAAAAUAGUAGGAGUGAAAUAAGAACAUUAAAGAGUGUUGAUGUGGAUUCAGUGUCAGCAUCUUUUCCUCCGUGCAUGUUAAAUUUACACAGAUACUUGCGAAACAAGCAUAGAUUGUCUCACACUCAGCGAUUCUACUACAGUCUGUUUUUGAAAGAUAUAGGAUUAAAUGUGAAUGAAGCUGUUGACUUUUGGAGAGCUGAAUAUCGGCAAGCGCCGAACGGGAAACAUAGUUGCUGUCACAAUUGGGAAAAAGAUGAGAAAAAAUACCUCUAUGGUAUAAGACAUAUGUACGGCCUGGAAGGUGGACGCAAAAAUUAUACUUCAUACAAUUGUAAGCAGAUUCAAAGUACUGACAUCUCUUGUUUAGAGGGUGGUUGUCCAUUCAAAUCUUUUGAUGAAGAUAAUAUGAUGAAAAUAUUAGGUCUUAGAAGAGACGAUCUUCUACUGUCACAAAUAAAUGAACUGAAAUCUAAAAACAUGUACACUUCUGCAUGUAUUUUAUUUCUUGAAAAGAAAUGUAGCAUUGUCUGUGAUAAUACUAUGAGCUUUAAUUUUUCACCUGUGAAUUUUUUUCAAAAAUCUACUAGUAAAAUAUAAUAAUUUGGAAUAAAAUGAUUUGUGACUUG